CAAAGCCCAACUUGUGGAGUGUGGUUUAAUGACAGCUAGGUUAAUGAUCACUCCCACCGGAUUAUACAGACGACGUACGUACUCAAGCUGUGCCAAAACCUAGCGUUCCAUUUCAACCAUUCACCAUGAAUAAACGGAUCCGUUCUUCUUCGACCUCUGGAGAAAAAACAGUAUCAUUUGGUCUGAUCCCUGUUGAUCUCUUCAUCAGCAAUAUCUUGUCGAGGUUGCCGGUUGAUUCUUUAGGUCAGUGUCGUUGCGUAUCAAAGCUCUGGUCGUCCAUAAUUCGUCGUCCAUACUACAACGUGUUGUUCCCGAUCAAGUCCCCGGCUCCACCGCGGAUCCUUUUCACCAUCGAAUAUGGAGGAGAUAUGUUAUUUUACUCGUCACCUCAGCCUCACAAUCUGGAUAAGAACACGUCUCUUGUAGCCACCCUUCAUCAUAGGACCCGCAACACAAAGUUUUACGAUAUAUGUGAUCCUGUCAGCGGACUGGUGUGUCGUCAGUAUAAUCCGGUGGGAAUGAUCAUUAAUCCCAUUACAGGAGAGUCUUUUAAACUGCCCGACCUGAGUUUGGAGGGUGCUAAGUCAGAGAUGUCAUUCGAUAGAGCAAGAUAUGCUUUUGGGUAUGAUCCACUCGACAAACAGUUCAAGGUAUUGUGCAUCACCUGGUUGCGUAGUGGCUCACAGAACUUGUCCGAUGAGUAUCAAGUUCUCACAUUAGGGGAUGGAAAUAAAAAUCUCUUAUGGAGAAAGAUCCAAUGUUGCAAAAUCCAUUAUGCUUUAAACGGUAAUGCUAUAUGCAUAAAUGGUGUUUUGUAUUAUCCUGCAGAGAUCUAUGAGGGAGAAGUUGCCAUCCUUUGCUUCGAUGUUAGAUCUGAGAGAUUUAGUGUUGUUAACGUUAAUAAAGACAUGGCAGAGAAGAAGAAAUCUAUCACUUUCACUUUGAUCGACUACAAGGGUAAAUUAGGUGCCCUUAAUUAUGAUAAUCUUUUGGAGUUGUGGGUUUUGGAGGAUGCCAAGGCAUCUAAAUGGUCAAAGCUUAGUUACGGAAUAUCUCAUCCGUGGUUGGAUAGAAUGUGGUCUGUAUGCCUUGCUGGAAUGAUUGAUAGUUGCAAAAUUGUGAUACACCCACGCUUCACAGAAGACCCUUUCUUCAUUUUGUACUACAACCUCGAGACCAACACUAUCACAAGGGUAAAACUUGAAGUUCCACUAUAUAAGAAGUUUCGUGUUCCUGGGUGUAGGAUUCACGCAUUUCCAAACAUUGUAGAGGAUGUGAAGCUCAUGUAAGUGUUUACUUUUUUUCUUUUCUUGCGUGUCUUUUGAAGUUUUUUUUUUCUGUUUAGUUACAAAACUUGGGGGUUUUUCGAUUUUUGUUUUUCAAGAAAACGAGACAUGAGUUAGUUCUUGUGUUCUGUCU